UGGGGAACGUCAUCCCGUCAACCACGGUCCGUCUGGUCCUUUUUUGUUUCCGCGCCCAGUAGCAGUCGUUUUCGAUGGUCUGACCUUUUGUCACAGGUCUGACCUUUUGUCACAACAAGCAUACGAUGACAGACCAAGAAGGAAAGAAGAGCAAUGACAAAACGGAGGACUGCCUCCUCGCAUUUUCUGGAUCACAAGACGAGCACAAAGAAGCAUUAGUACCUUUUGCCAAGGCUCCGGCUGAGGGCAUGAGGAAGAGUGAAGCGGUACAUGGCAAGGUUGAUAGUACAUGUAGUAACGUCAGAGAUGCUUCUCGAAGUGACGACACCCGAAGGGUAAAGCGAGCUGCGGAGCAAGCUGAGAUCCCCAAAACGAUUCUUGUUCUGACAGAUACGUGCUCUGCCAAAUCUUCAGUCAGCCAUGGCGGCAGCUCGGAAGGAGAAAAGGACGAAGCAGUGGAAAAGGGCGGAGACGAGAAGAAAAUCGAGAAGCGUGUUGUUACCACCAACAAAAGUAAGCCGUCAGGUGCCCUGAACCAGAAACAAGGAAGAAGCAAGGCACACAUUGCGGUUGUAGGGAGAAGAUCAGAUUUCACUGAGGGUUCUUGCUUGGCAGUCCCUGCGCAGGCAAGUGAGGAUCAAAUGAUUCGACUUAUCAAGAAGGGGGUCCGCAACCGAGAGCAGUACCAUCGUCAACACCGCAAAUCGCGGCGAUCUAGAAGCAGGGGCAGAGAACGCGAGAAUGCUACCGCUCAUGAAGCUCUACAGAGAAUUGCUCGGAGAGCCAAGCUCGACGAAGAACGGAAUCGAAGGAAAAACAGCCUACAAGGUGCUGCUCACCGUAGUGUUAUGACCGAGAACACUAGCUUGGUCGCUUUGGUUUCGGACAACUCUCUCGAACCCUCGAUUGGAAAGCCUCGGGUUCUAUCUCGGUCAGACUAGGAGAAGAAGCGUUGAUGUUCCGGAUAUGAAUACACAGAUCUAUCCUGCCCAAAUGAGCAACUACAUUUGCACAUACUAUAUUCUUAUUAGUCUCAUUUCCACAUGCU